AUGCUUUUCUUAAAAUUGGCAAUUGCUGCUGUCCUAGCUCUUACGGUCUCUGCCACCCCCACUCAAAAGGACAUAGUUAACACGGAUGCAGCCCUACAAAGACGAGCUACGGCGGCCAAAAUAUUUGCAAGAAGCCAUUAUGAGCAUUCUCAAUGUGCACAAUGUGAACGCAGCGAUUGCGUCGAUCCUAGAUCAAUUUGCAAUCAGAAUGGGUGCUGUUAA